CAAUACAAAAUGGCCACGUCAGUUUCACUCGACGUCACGUCAUACAUAACGGACAGCGUAUCAAUGUCUUGGACGAACGAAAGCAAGUUAAAUCAUUCAAACGAGACCGGCAAUGACGGCGACGACGAUGACGUUAAACAAUGGGUAUUCCUGUUCCUCACCAUCAUCGCCAUGGUCAUGGGCCUGGUCGGCAACGUGCUCAUCAUCGGGGCCGUCUUCGCCGAGAGAAGACUGCGUGUGCUCAGCAACGCUUUCAUCGUCAACCUUGCCGUUGCCGACCUCUUCGUGUCGACGAUCAUCAACGCUUUCGCUCUCGUUGGUCUUUUUAAGGGGGAAGCUUAUUUCGAGAGCCAUUAUUUGCUUUGUAAUUUCAUUGGAGCAACUUGCAUUAUUUGCUGCGUGUGUUCUCUCUGGUGUAUUGCCUCAAUAGCCUUCAACAGGUACAUCGCGAUCAGCCACCGGCUAUCUUACCGGAGGAUCUACAACAAGGGCAACCUCUGGAUCCAUCUGCUCGUCCCUUGGCUCGCAGGAGUCCUUCUGGACAUCCCCAAUCUGACCGGAUGGAACAGCCACAAGUUCAUCGAGGAAUACAUGAUGUGCACUUAUGAUAUCAGAGGUGAUUUAAGCUACGUUCUUUUCUUGAAGAUCAUGGCGGUCGGGGUACCGCUCGUGGUAAUAUCUUUCAGCUACAUCGGGAUAUACGCCUACGCGCACUCGUCCGGUCACGAGCUCAAGAAGUUCGCGGGUUCGUCGUGCGUCAAAUCGCAGGUCAAGAGGAAGCUGCGGCAGUCCGAUGCCAAACUUCUCCGGUCGAUAUUCAUUUUGGUCCUCGCGUAUGCCAUCUUCUGGUUUCCCGAAACGUUGCUGACACUGGUCGACCAGGCCCACGAGGUUCCUGAUAGCGUGUACAUGUCGGUGGCGUUCCUCGCGCAUUUCAACAGCAGCGUCAACAGCAUCAUUUAUGGACUGACGAACGAGAACUUCAGGAAAGGAUACCGGAAGUUCCUUUUCGUCGUGUUGAAGUGUCGUCGCGUCGAUUGCUCGUUCAACCCAGAGACGACCGGUAUGGCCUCAAAGGUGUCCGCCAGCGAACACAAUGUUCAAACUCACGACAAGAGCAGUCCUAACUUGGCAGAUAAGUUUGAAUACGUCGACCCAGACACUCGUAGUAGGAGAGAAGGACUGCAGUCUGCUCCUGGUAACAUUUAGGCCGGAAAAAGGGUGUUAUUUAUUCAAUUUUUUUAUUUAUUGGACUUUGAUUU